GAGCAGCUCAGCUCAGUACGCCGGUAACUUGGCCAAAUUGUUAUUUUCGACAGUUUCAUUAUACGGAGAACUGUAAAACUUGAUCUGAGUGAUGUUUCGGAGAGACGUGUCGCAAUAUUUUAUCAAUUUUCUUUAUCCAUGGUGAUUUGGAGAGCAGUAAAACUCGAGGAAUAUGGACCAAAACUAAACCAGACAGAGGCGUGCUGUGUUGUCAAGCAGUCUUGGGUGAGGUUCCCCGUAAGAGCUGGCAUGGUCUACGGCUAGGCCGUAGCAUCGUCUGUUUUCGCAUGGCGUAGGCCCGGCCUAAGUCUGAUUUUAUGGAUUUUGCGCGAGCUCCUGCUUUAAAAGGUGUGCAUAUUUCAGUCAAUAUUCAACUUCACGAAUGGAUGAAUAUUAAAUGAUCCCAUACUAUGAUUAAUUCAUGAUUUAUUUCACUGUGCGAAAUGCCAAAAUGAACUUGAAGUUGAAAUAAACUUUCAGAUUCAGAAUUUAGCAACACAAAAUUAGAGUCUAACUCUAACUUUGGCAUGCCUUGCCCCUAGCUUGGAUGGAAGCAAAACGGAAUUAAAUGAAUGGGAUGGCAUCAUCAAAAGUCAGGACUGUAGGAGUUGGAGGACAGUGUGGCCUGCAGUCAAACUGCAGGAUGGAUUGCAGUGAAAUGUGUGUGGCUGAAGGAUUAAUGAUGUCCUGUGGAACAGAUUUUAGGAGGAGGACACAUGGCUGUCAAGUACACCGGAAAAUGGCAUUGUCGUGGAGAGUAUGUGUGACUGUAUUUGCAUUAUUGGCACUAAUGUCUGUCAGAACAUGUGUAGCACAGGAAUCAGUAUCUGUUUAUUACAGUGUGAAAGAAAAUCAACCCAUUGGGACAUUUGUGGGAAAUCUACAGGAUGACACAUCUUUCGACCCGACAUUUACAACUUUCGAUCAAAUUACAGAAUUCACGCUAGAGCAAGGGACAGGAAUAAUAAGAACUAAUGUAGUCAUAGACAGAGAGACUGCAGAUGAACAGGAAAUCAUCAUGAUUGUGUUUGCUGGUGCAACAUUUGGACAGACUAUUGUGGUUACAAUCCGGCUAAAUGAUACAAAUGACAACAGUCCAAUAUUUUCUCAAAAUAACAGGACGUUUGAAGUGACUGAGGCGGUUCAGCCUUACAUGACUAAAAUCAAUGGAGUCACUGCAACUGACGCGGAUGAAGGUAUAAAUGGCAUUCAAGGAUAUCGAAUUGUUGAUGGGAAUAUUGACAACACUUUUGAUCUUGAUGUUAGAGUUAGGGAAUCUGGUGUCUACAUGGAUAUCAUUGUCAAUAAGACCCUUGAUCGUGAAACAAUCUCUUUAUACACCUUGGUCAUUGAGGCCUAUGAUGGAGGAGAUCCACAGCUCACUGCAAAUACCACAGUCAAUAUCAAAGUAACCGAUGUGAAUGACAACUCACCAGUAUUCACCCAGACUUCUUUUACUGCUAUCAUCAAUGAGAGUGCUCCUGUAAACUCAUCUGUGCUUCAGGUGACAGCAUCUGAUGAGGAUGAAGGGUUGAAUGGAGAGGUUGUCUUCAGUUUACAAAGAGACGAUGGCUUCUUCAGAAUUGAUCCUGCUACUGGAAUAGUGUAUCUGAACAAGGCCCUGAACUAUGAAGAUGCCCAGGCCCAUGAUUUCCUUGUCAUUGCUCAAGAUAAAGCAGAACCUCCAAUGUCAAGCCAGCCUGCCUAUGUAUCCAUCAUGGUGGUGAACAUCAAUGAAAGACCACCAUCUCUUGAAGUUCUCUUUCUUCCUGAAGGAGGAGCGCCACAGGUCUCGGAGGCAGCGGUCGCAGAUACCACCCUGGCACGCAUCUCUGUCACAGAUCCUGAUGAUGGUGUCCUUACCAAUGUCUCGAUGACUAUAAGAGGCGGUGCUGGCCAGUUUGACCUUGAAAAGAAUAGCAACCAAGUAUAUUUUCUUAUUGUGGCAAGCACUGCAAAUUCAUUUGAUCGUGAGGAGGUGGCAAAUUAUGACAUUUCAAUCAGAGCGACUGAUUUUGGAUCACCGCCACAGCAUGCUGAGGUGAACCUGACCAUUGCAGUGACUGAUGUCAAUGAUAACCCACCCAUCUUUGACCUUCCCAUUUACCAUGCCACCAUCAUUGAGGCAUCUGAACCUGGUACCCCAGUCAAGCAGGUCCAUGCAACAGAUGCUGAUGAAGGUGUCAAUGCACAGAUCAUCUACAGGAUAUCUCCUGAAGGCACCGGGUACUCUAACUGGUUUGACAUCAAUCCAAUGUCAGGUCUAGUGACUACUCUACAGAAGGUGGAUAGAGAGGAAACAGGAUCUGUUUUCCUAGAAGUGAUUGCCAGUGAUGAAGGAGAGACAUCUUUGUCGUCAUCUGUGAUCAUCAACAUCACCAUCACCGAUGUCAACGACAACCAACCUGUCUUCUUUCCAGGGUCUUAUAAUGCAUCCAUUUUGGAAGAACAGGAGAUACCUUACUGCUUUUUGCAGGUAAGAAAACUUUUCUUGUAUUUUUUGUUAGUUUUGUUAUGAAACUUUUCAUUUUUCAAAACCAGAAAUUCAAAGGUAAUGGUAAUUUAGUUGAUAAGAAGCAUCUGCGACUUGGUUUGAUUGGGAUAUGGAGUCCUUAUGAAUCCAACUUAUCCAAGCCACUGAAAAAAUUAAUUGGUUGAAAAAAAAGUCUUUGUCAGCAAUAUUUAGGGUUUAUCUCCCUCUUAAAGAAGAAUUUUAUUUUACAUUUUUAUACAUUGUAGAUUGCUACAUGUAGGUUUCAACUUUCUUAUUAAAAAAUUCAUGAACUAAAAGAAAACAUUCUUUCACUGUCUAGUGGAUUAAUAUGCUUUGUGAAUUGGUCGGGCAAGUAGCACUUCAUGAAAAUGUGCUGUUUAAUACCAAGUGUAUGUUUUAUUUUUCAACAGUGAGUAAUGGGCUACAUUGUGGAUCGGUGCAGUAUUGCUAGUGCUAAAUUUAUAAAUAUUGACAUAGCUGUAUGAAUGGUCUGAAUAUUUUCCCUAUUUUUCCUUCAUGUUGAACUUUCUUCGUUCUGAAAGAAUGAAUAAUUUUGCACUUUUGCAGUAUACAUACCUUGUUCCCCUAUCAUUUCUCCAAAAGCAAAGCAAAUCCCAGUUCUGAAUGUUGGAUUGUGUCAGUUUCUUUGAUCAUGACAUGCCUCCUUUAUGGCAUGAGAUUCAAAUAUUAUGGAAAUAUUCUCUCAAUAUUUGUUUUGAUGAGAAAAUCAAUUAUUUACUUUAAAAGGUCUAUUGUUGGAGACAAAUGAAGAAAAUUUCAUCCUAGUGGAAUUUCUGGAAGUCAAUAACAAUUUCGAGUCACCACAUUACAUUCUCCAGUUUAAUCAUAUUUAUUAUAUUCCAAAUAUUAGAGUGUAUAUUCAAUACUGCCCACCAUCAGUGUAAUGUAUGACGGUGCUGUGUUCUUACAUAAAAGUUUUAAUUUAACCAAGAUGAUUCAACUCCAACUGCAUUCAUAUUCCUGUAUAUAAUGAAUGAAUGCAGGCACUUCUUUUAUAGAAACAAGCCUUCUUCCCUCUACUCUCUUUUCACUCCCAAGCCACAGCCUACUUGAAUAGCCAUUGUUAUGCACAAUGAGAUGGGGGCAAUGAAAGAGCAAAGCCUAUCACUCUGUGUGCACAUACCAUCUACAAUGCUUCACAACAGUGUACUGUCUCCCCACCACCUUACCCCAAUGGUUAGCCGUUCCUUUGAUCUCUUCUGUCGCCAAACAGUAUGGAGGUGUCACAAUGGGUGCAGUGCUCACGGCUUAUUCAUUAAAACCACAGUUCUAUCACCCAAAACAUUGCAAUUCUUUUGAUGGAUUAAGAGAUUAAAGAUGCUGAUUUUCAAAGCAAAGAGAAUCCAGUCAAAAGGAUGGAGUUUUCAGUGGAUUAAAAAAAAGAUAAGGAAGAAAAUGAUCCUAUUUCCUUUGAGUCACUGAACUCAAUUCCCUUAAAACUUAUGAAUGAGUAGAAAUUAGAGGAGUUUUGUACUCUUCAUUGUAGCUUAUAGGCCGACAUACUUGUACCUAUAAAAUUUGCCAAAAUCUGAGUUCAUGAGGGCAAGGGUCUUUAUUUGAAGCGUUCACUCUGUUGAAAGUGCAGCUCACUUUUUAUCUGAUGAGAUCAACUUUAAUUUUUUUUACAUGAAUUGUUCGUAGAUGAUUUCAUGUAACAGAAGGAAAAUUUAUAAUAAACAAAUUUUAGCUUUAAAGGCGACCACACACCUUACGAUUGGUCUGCAACCCGAAUUCAGAAUAAAAGUUGUAGAAUUUGAUGCUAGUAACCAACUUGCUAGUAACUAGUAAGUAGUAUUGAGACGUGGAAUAUCUUACUGUGUUAUGUUCGAAAUCAUCGUACAAAUAUCUAUGUUCAAAUCAGCGACUAUGCUAUCAUCCUAAGAAUAAAAGCGAAUUUAAUAUCUAGUCGUAAUGACGUCAUAGCAGUGGUACGAUUGGCUACGAUUUGAAUUUAAUUUGGUCUUUAAUCCACAGUAAAGGUUAGCAAUCUUUCAAAAUGGUUAUUAGUAGUAUUCUUUCAAUGAAUUUAACCUCAAAUAUUAAAAAUGAUAUGUUC